GACAGGAAAUUAUUUAAAUGGAGUUCUUCCGGAGCCAAGCGAUGGACGAAACUCGCUCGCUCGAGAGAGAGAGAGCGUGUACUAGCCGGCCGGAGAGUGGAGAUGGGGAGGAAGAAGGCGGUGCUGAUAGGCUGCAAUUACCCGGGGACGGACAAGCAACUUAUGGGCUGCGUAAACGACGUCUGGCAGAUGUACAACUGUCUCGUUCAUCGCUACGGCUUUUACGAUGGCGACAUCCAAGUGCUCAUCGACACCGAUGACGACUUCCAGCAGCCUACUGGUCGGAACAUUCGUCGAGCCAUCACCAAUAUGAUUCGAUCUGCCAAGUUUGGAGACGUCCUUUUCCUCCACUUUAGUGGCCAUGGCAUUCGUCUACCCUCUGAGAGCAAAUACUACAACACUGGCUACGACGAGUGCAUCGUCCCCACUGACCUCAAUCUCAUCACUGAUGAUGAUUUCAAGCAGUUAGUAAAUGAAGUUCCCAAAGGUUGUCGUAUUACAAUUGUUGCAGAUUCUUGCCACAGUGGCGGCCUUAUUGCGAAUGCUAAGGAACAAAUUGGUGAGAGUACUAAGAAACAAGAAUACUCUGUUCAAGGACAUCACCAUCACCAAUAUCCCAAUCAAGGGACUUCUAGUUCUGGACAUCAUCAUCACCAAUAUUCUGAUCAAGGGACUUCUAGUUCGAAACACCAUAUUUCCCAAUUUUCUCGUCAAGGGACUUCUAGUUCUGGACAUCAUCAUCACCAAUAUUCUGAUCAAGGGACUUCUAGUUCGAAACACCAUAUUUCUCAAUUUUCUGGUCAAGGGUCUUCUAAUUCUAGACGCCAUCAUCGCCAAGAUUCUAGUUUGGGACACCACCAUAGCCAACAUUCCCAUCAAGGGACUUUUGGUUCAACACACCACCAUCGCCAACAUCUUGUAAACAGAGAGAGUCAAGUUGGAUUUCAGCAUCAAGGUACUUUGAAGAACAAAUAUUUGCCUCUUUCAAAUCUCAUUGAGAUACUGAAGAGAAAAACUGGGAAAGACGACAUUUGUGUAGGCAACCUGAGACUAACUCUAUUUGAUAUUUUCGGUGAAGAUGUCAGCCCUAAAAUCAAGUUGGUUGUGAAUGCCCUCAAUAUGGCUGGAAAUUUGGCCCAAGGUUUAGGCUAUAACCAAGUCGGUGAAGUUCUGAAUGGAAUUGGAAAUUUGGCCCAAAAUUUCCUCAAGUUAAACCUUGAGGAUAGUAGUAACCAAGUGACUUAUGCUAUAGAAACAACCAAUCCAACACCUACUCGUAGAGGCAUUCUAAUAAGUGCUUGUCAAAGUGACCAAACUGCUGCUGAUGACUCUCGAUCUGGGCAGCCUCAUGAAGCUUUUGGAGCUCUCAGUAAUGUAAUUCAGAUCAUAAUAGAUGAAACAAAAGCUGAAGUUACUAACCGCACACUGGUACUAAAGGCAAGGCAAAUGUUAAAGAAACAAGGUUUCACCCAACGCCCAGGUCUCUACUGCAGUGACCAUGAUGCCGAUGCUCCUUUCCUGUGUUGAUAUUGCAAGUUGGGGCUCCUUUCUAGUUAUUUUCUCCACCAUUUGGUGGUUGGACGAGGGAUUAAGAAUUUGUUAGCUAUUUUUUGUGGUUUGGUGCGAGUGAUUACAAAAGAUCAUUUGUCUGGCCGGGUGUAUCGUUAGAAGAAAGGUUUGAUACUAUAUUUAGAGAAAUACGAAAGGAAAAUAAUUGUUGGGUGUGCAAACUAAAGUCCCAUGUUGACUAGGUAUGGAGAGGAUGAAGAACAUAUAAGUAUAAACAAUAUUUU